ACUUAUGGUCACAUGACCAAGGGGGUCUGACUUUACACAGAGGAGCUAAUUUUACUUGGUAACCCUCAAACUGACAGUGAAACAUGACAAAGCUCUUCGUACUUCCACUGAUCCUGUUACCUUGGAUCCCAGCCAUCCUCUGCACGGUAACCACGGUGGGAGAGCUCACAGUCCUUGAGGGUGAAUCACUCACAGUCCCAUGUCACUAUGACCCUCAGUACGCCGGCUAUGUAAAAUACUGGUGUCAGGGGAGUAUGAGGGAGUUCUGCACCAGCUUAGCUCGAACAGAUGACACUCGUUUGACCAAUCGAGCUGAGGACAGGAUGAGCAUUUCUGACGACCCGGCCCAGCUUGUGUCCACUGUGACCAUGAACAAUCUGAAGGAGGCGGACUCUGGGUGGUACAUGUGUGGCGUGGAGAUAGGCAGCGGAUGGACUGCGGAUGUUGUCACUUUCACUUACAUCAAGGUCAUUCAUGGUAUGUCAGUGGUGAACACCCAACUUAGUGGAGAAGAAGGGAGUAGUCUCACAGUUGAAUGCCUCUACAGUGAGAGACACAGAGAAAGUGAGAAGAAGUGGUGUCGGAGCGGAGACUGGAGCUCCUGUCUGCUGACAGGUUCUGAAGGGAGCUACGAAGACCCUUCAGUGGCCAUCAGCGAUGACAGAACUAGGGCUUUCACAAUAACCUUAAAGAAACUGCAGCUGAGAGAUACUGGCUGGUACUGGUGCUGUGCAGGACAGCAGAAGAUAGCUGUGCAUGUGCUGGUCACACCUCGACCCACAACGGGUUUGUGUGUUACAUAUUUAUCUUCAGCAGCAGAAUCUGUGACAUCUCCGCUUACACCAAGUCAAUCUGUUGCACACCUAUCUCCACCCAAAUCCAUCACCAAGGAGUCGUGGAACAGUCACAGUCACAUCUUGGAGUCUUUGCUGAUGUGUACUACUUUGCUGCUCUUCAUGGCCAUAGCUAUACUGGUGACAAAGUUGUGGAGACUUCACAAACCCCAAUAUCCAUUUCUGGGGUUAAGGAGGGGAAAGCAAGAAUCAAUACAAACUCAUUCGGUGUAGGUGACCUGUGAAAUGCUGCUGCUGGUGUUACUAGGAUGGCACAAAUUUACUGAGCUCAUUCAGUCCAGCGUUGAAUGUUACUCUUGAAUGUAAUUUUUAUGUUAGUUCACUGCACAGAAGACAUGCUUUAUUUGUAGUGUUUUCUGUGUAAUGUCUUCCGUAUGUGACUAGUAUAAAUUGAUAAUCUUAAAGAGUUGAUUUUUCCUGUACGGAU